ACUGGGCUGUGAUUGGCUAGUACUCGGCGUGACGUCACCUAACCCGGAUGAAGAAUCGGCCAGAACGAGGUCUCUUCACACACAUGUGUUUCUUCCUUCCAGUUAAAGAAAUCAGAUUUAAGAAACCAUGACGUCAUUGGCCCAGCAGCUGAAGAGGCUCGCGCUGCCUCAGAGCGACCCCAACCUGCUGACACGCAGAGAGGUCGCCUCGCUGCUCUUUGACCCCAAAGAUGCAGCCGCCAUGGACAGAAGCACCUUCUACGCCCUCGGCUGCACCGGGCUGGAGGAGCUGCUGGGAAUCGAACCUGCGUUCCUGGAGUUCCAGGACACGCUGUUCAGCCGGGCCUCGGUGACCCUGGAGCGCAGCGUUCAGUCCAAAGAGGUCAACGAGAAGCUGGACGCCGGCGUCUCGCUGUUCCUGGCGCGCCUCUGCCCGUACUUCCUCCUCAAGCCGGCGCACAAGUGCAUCGAGUGGCUGCUCCACCGCUUCCACAUCCAGCUGUAUAACAGCGAGAGUCUGCUGGCGUGCGCGCUGCCGUACCACGACACCAACGUGUUCGUCCGAGUCGUGCAGCUCCUCCGCAUCAAAGACGCCACAAACCGCUGGAACUGGCUGCACGGACUGCAGAAACCCGGCGUGCCGUUGUCCAGAGCAACCCUGGUCACCCACUGCUACUCAGACCUCAGCUUCAUGGACUUCAUCUGCUCACUGGUCACCAAGUCCAUCCAGGCGUAUUCGGGCCUCUCUGGCAGCUGCUCCCAGCUCCGAGUGAUCUUCUCCUUCUACGCCUCCACCAUCGUGGCCUCUCUGGACGCCGUGGACAACGUGUCCGAUGACAUCAUCGCCAAACUGCUGCCCUACGUCAACAAGGGUCUGAAGUCGGCGCUGACGGACUACAAAGCCGCCACCUACAUGAUCGUGUGCCAGCUGGCGGUGAAGGUGGUGAUGGAGGCCAGUCUGGUCGACACUCUGGCCGCGCACGUGGCCAAGUCUCUGCUCCGAGAGCCCGUGUUGGCCAGGGAGGGCCUGGGCUGCCUCACCGUGCUGCUGCAGAACCAGAAGGACGGCGCCGCCGGGCCCAGGUACCAUUACACACGCUAA